AUGUCAAUACCUAGGAGAAUAACCAAAGAAACACAGAACUUAGCAAAUGAACCACCACCUGGCAUAGUUGCAGCUCCCGUGCCAGAGAACUACAGACACUUUGACAUUUUAAUAAACGGACCCGAUGGAACGCCAUACGAAGGUGGAACUUAUAAAUUAGAACUCUUUCUACCGGAGCAAUACCCUAUGGAGCCCCCCAAAGUGCGGUUCUUGACAAAAAUAUACCACCCAAAUAUCGAUAAAUUGGGUCGAAUAUGUCUGGACAUACUAAAAGAUAAGUGGAGUCCUGCAUUGCAAAUACGAACGGUACUCCUAAGUAUCCAGGCCCUGUUGUCUUCCCCCGAACCCGAUGAUCCGUUAGACUCAAAGGUAGCUGAUCAUUUUAAACAGGACAAAAAUGAUGCAGAAAAUGUAGCAAGAGAGUGGAACAAAAUGUACGCAAACCAUACUUCUUUGUAA